UUUGGCAUACAUCGAAUGCUGUCCUUCAUUGUCAUGAUUUCCUAUUUUCUCCUUUGUACGCAUUUAGUCAUUUUCUUUCUGGACAAAUUUCUGUCUUUUGAUAUUCAUCUUUGCAGGACAUCUGCAGAAGAAGCAAUUCAAAGGAUGCAGGGCGCUGUGAUUGGGCAACAAGUAGUCCGUCUUUCUUGGGGAAGGAGUCCAACGGCAAAGCAGGAUCUACCUGGUACUUGGACCCAGCCUACAGAUCCUAAUCAAUGGAGUGCUUAUUAUGGUUAUGGACAAGGCUAUGAUGCAUAUUCAUAUGGAGCCACACAAGAUCCCUCAUUGUAUGGAUAUGGUGCAUAUGCUGGUUAUUUACAAUAUACUCAACAGGGUGAAGGUUCUCAAGAUCCUGCAGCAAUAUCAGCUGCUGCUCCUGCUUUAGAACAAAGAGAGGAACUAUAUGAUCCUUUGGCUACACGUGGCGUUGACAAGUUGAAUGCCGCCUACCUUGCUGUCCAUGGAAGUGCCAUUCUGGGCCGGCCAUUGUGGCAGAGGACCUCCUCUUUUACGCAGCAACCUGCUCUGAAUCUGCAGCUGUCAAAUGCAUAAAUUUGCAGUUUUGUGUUUCGUAGUAGGAUUAAAUUGUACUUCAUGAAGAUAAAUGCUACAGUUCGUAAAAGGUAAUUGCUUUAACAUCUUGUAUGAUGCAGUUUUCUCCUGCUGUAGUAUGAGUGGCUUCCAACAUCUUCCUCGUUCAUGUUUACGCGGUUAACCUUCUAGCAAAUUGUUGAUUAAAUGCUUAGAAACAGAAUUCAAAUUCGACUUCAAAAGUAGAUGGAGUUUGACAAGUUAAAAAAGUAACGACUCAGAUUUGUAUA